AUGACUGUUCGUUACAAUCCAACACGGGUAAAUCCAGAAGAGGAGAGAAGAUUGAGGCUGAGCUUCUCUCUCGCUCAAAAAAAAGAAGAAUACUUUUUUUGCGUAGGAGUUCACUUCGAUACUUCAUCCGACAGAUUACUAAACGAGAUUUCUACGGCGAUUAAGGUAUACGCCCAUGGAGUUGAAGACUUUGUCAGUGACUACAACAACAGAGAGUAUUCUCUCAACACCCAGCUGUCUUGCGAAGGUGUAGGUGAUUCCAGGUGGAGUACGGGGGACAAGUUCUACAAGUAA